CACAACGCUAUAGUUUUUUACUUUCAUUUCGAUUCAAUCCUUAUUUUCAACCAUUUAUGCAUGGUUAUCGCUUAUUUGCACUGGUGCAUAAAAACGAAUGAUUCCUCUACUUCACAAGUGAAGCAUUCCUAUCUUCGAUCACUCAUCAGUGUGUUUAAAUGAAGCCAAGAAAGGAGCCAAGCGAGAAUGCACUCCAGGGUGGUGAUUUGGAGGAGAUCAAUCCGAUCCUGGAUGAGAGUCACAUUAAUGAUGAUGACUGCAUUGUCAUUGAUAAAGAGGAUAAGUCAACAUCGGACAACAACGUGAAGGAAACCCCUCUAUUCCCCGAUGACACCCAGGGCCAUGAGGGACACACUGCAAAGGUUGCAGCUCCUGAAACUUUGAGACAAUCUCCUCAAAGUGAUGGAAAAGUUACUGUAGUUGUUGAGAUGCUUCCAGUUAGCCAUGUCAGUAUUUCGCAGUCUUCCCCAGCCAUUCUUGAUCAUCUCACGGUCACUGGACUCCCUACCAAUGGUGUCGUUUCAAAUUCGGCUCGUUCCCUGCUGAGUCAUUCUGGAUCAGGGGCAAUAUGCCUGGAAGAAGUUGUGCCUACAAAUUGUCAAUUAGAAGAAGAGGAAGAGAAAAAAGAUUUCUGGAAGAUGUCUUUGGAUGCAUUUACUUCCAAAUGGAGAGGGAAAACAAAAGCAGAUAAGAAGUUACCAAAGAGUGUCAGAUCUUACUACCAAGCACAAGACGACUUGAUAAAAACGUUCGAAGAGACGGCAGACUUUGAUAGAUCCGAUGAUUUGACUCUAGAAUUGGAAGCCAAGGACAACAAAAUAAAACACCGGUCGAAUGUUCUUGCCAAGGUGACAUUGGGAAUAAAUUUGAUAUUACUCAUUGCAAAGCUGGCUGCCUCGAUCCUGUCUGGUUCUUUGGUUGUUAUCUCUAGUUUAGUGGACAGUGCUGUCGACCUGAUGUCCGGGAUUGUGAUCUGGUGGACAAGUCGGGCAGUCAGGAAAAGGAAUCGCUAUGUUUACCCAGAAGGAAAAACUCGUCUUGAGCCCAUUGCCAUUGUGAUUCUGUCUGUGAUAAUGUCUGUGGCCUCGGUGCAGCUGAUUGGCCAGUCCAUCCAGUCCAUUGUGAGCAUGGCAGGCCUACCUGGACAGGAGGGCGCACCCGUGAUGGACAUUCCAACUGUGGUGAUUAUAGGAUUUACUAUUGUUUCGAAGCUGAUAUUAUUCCUCGCCUGUAAAGCAUUCCGGAGUCCUAUGAUUGAUGCGCUGGCGCAGGAUCACAGGAAUGAUGUCUUUUCCAAUGCAGGAGCCCUCACCUUUGGAUACAUAGCAUACAAACUGUGGAAGUAUUGCGAUCCCCUUGGUGCCAUAUUAAUGAGUAUUUAUAUCUUCAUCAGCUGGUGGAUGACGGGUGCCAAACAAAUAAAGAUGCUGACUGGGUACACAGCAAAACCUCAUUUCUUGAAAAAGCUCACAUGGGUUUGCCUGAACCAUAGUGAGGAGAUCCGUUACAUUGACACGGUGCGCGCCUUCCAUUUUGGAACGAAUUACAUCGUCGAAGUGGAUAUCGUACUCCCGGAAAAUAUGACUGUGAAGGAAGCGCACAAUAUCGGCGAGCCUCUUCAGCAGAAAUUGGAAAAGAUGCCGAAUGUGGAACGAGCGUUUGUUCAUCUGGAUUACGAGUUUGAACAUGAUCCCAACACCGAGCACAAAGUUGUCUGAACGAAACGGUCAGUUGUCGAAAGAUGUAGGAAUCCAUCUGAAUCUUUAGUGUGUUUUGUACUCAAAAGCUCAGGUAUCUCUCUGAAUGUCACUGUAUUAUAUAGAGGCAAUGACGUCCAAUUCAAGAAGGGACUGAAGGAUGUCAUCAAUAGUUAGAGUUCCUGUUAUGCUGGAGAAGGAUGUACCUUCCUAAAGCACAAGUUCUUUUCUUAGGGAAAAACUCCGCAAAGUAUACUUUUUUGUGUGAUAUUCAAACUUGUCUCAAAUUCUAAGGUGCUUCUAUCAUAUUUAAAUCAGGUUGCCCUUGUAUAUUCUGUCGUAAAAAUAAAAUAUUACAAGAAACAAAAAUAUUCUUCUUUUUUAACUU